AUGGCUGUCGUUCCAGAGAGCAGGGUUCUUACGUUCAGCGUUUUUAAAUGGAGCUCGUACUCCUCUACGUAUUUACCCGAGAACAUUUUGGUAGACAAACCAAAUGAUCAGUCUUCCAGGUGGUCAUCUGAGAGCAACUACCCUCCACAGUUUUUAAUCUUGAAACUGGAGAGGCCGGCGAUCGUUCAGAGCAUCACUUUUGGAAAAUACGAGAAAACGCACGUCUGCAACCUGAAGAAGUUCAAGCUGUUCGGAGGCAUGAGCGAAGAAAACAUGACUGAGCUUUUGUCCAGUGGCCUUAAGAAUGACUACAACAAGGAAACAUUCACCUUAAAGCACAAGAUUGACGAGCAGAUGUUUCCCUGCAGAUUUGUUAAGAUAGUGCCUCUAAUGUCAUGGGGUCCCAGUUUCAACUUCAGCAUCUGGUUCAUUGAACUGCACGGUAUUGAGGAUCCGGAUGUAGUGCAGCCCUGCCUUAACUGGUACAGCAAGUACAGAGAACAGGAAGCCAUCCGCCUUUGCCUCAAACACUUCCGUCAGCACAACUACACCGAGGCCUUCGAGUCGCUGCAGAAGAAGACUCGCAUCGCGCUCGAACACCCCAUGCUCACCCACCUGCACGACCGGCUGGUGCUGCAAGGCGAUUUUGACGCCUGCGAGGACCUCAUCGACAAAGCCGUGCGAGACGGUUUGUUUAACCAGUAUAUAAGCCAGCAAGAGUACAAGCCACGAUGGAGUCAAAUCAUCCCCAAAUGCAACAAAUACGACGGAGAUGACAACAGGCCGGGAAUGAGGGGAGGACAUCAAAUGGUCAUUGACGUUCAAACCGAGACGGUGUACUUAUUUGGAGGCUGGGAUGGCACGCAAGACCUUGCUGAUUUCUGGGCUUACAGUGUUCAGGAGAACCAGUGGGUCUGCAUUUCUAGGGACACUGAGAAAGAGAACGGUCCGAGCGCGCGCUCCUGCCACAAGAUGUGCAUCGACUCCCAACGGCGUCAAAUCUACACGCUGGGCCGCUACUUGGACUCCAGCGUAAGAAACAGCAAGUCUCUGAAGAGCGACUUCUACCGCUACGACAUCGACGUCAACACGUGGUCGCUUCUCAGCGAGGACACGGCAGCCGACGGCGGGCCCAAACUCGUGUUCGACCACCAGAUGUGCAUGGACUCGGAAAAGCACAUGAUUUACACAUUCGGCGGCCGGAUACUGACAUGCAACGGCAGCGUGGAAGACAGCCGAACGUCCGAGCCGCAGUUCAGCGGCCUGUACGCUUACCAUUGCCGAGCGGCAACGUGGAGCCUCCUUCGGGAAGAUUCUUGCAACGCAGGGCCAGAGGACAUCCAGUCACGGAUCGGACAUUGCAUGCUUUUCCACACGAGAAACCGCUGUCUUUAUGUGUUUGGUGGUCAGCGAUCGAAGACCUACCUCAAUGAUUUCUUCAGCUAUGAUGUCGAUGGAGACCACGUGGAGAUCAUAUCUGAUGGCACCAAGAAGGACUCGGGCAUGGUACCGAUGACCGGUUUCACGCAGAGAGCCACCAUCGACCCCGAGCUGAACGAGAUCCACGUCCUGUCGGGCCUGAGCAAAGACAAAGACAAACGAGAAGAAAACGUGCGCAACUCUUUCUGGAUCUACGACAUCGCUCGCAACAACUGGUCCUGUGUGUACAAAAACGACCAGGCAGUUAAGGAAAACCCCACCAAAGUCUUGCAGGAAGAGGAGCCAUGCCCGCGCUUCGCUCACCAGCUGGUCUAUGACGAGAUGCACAAGGUGCAUUACUUGUUUGGUGGCAAUCCCGGUAAGUCUUGCUCUCCCAAAAUGCGCCUAGACGACUUCUGGUCCCUGAAACUUUGUCGGCCCUCCAAGGAGUAUUUGCUGCGACACUGCAGAUAUCUGAUCAGGAAGUAUAGGUUUGAAGAAAAAGCCCAGUCCGAACCACUGAGCGCACUCAAAUACCUGCAGGAUGAUUUAUCGCUCACUGUGGACCACACAGACCCCGAAGAGACCAAAGAAUUCCAGCUUCUCCCCUCAGCUCUGUUCAAGUCCAGCAAUGACUUCAUCCCACUGGGUUUCUCUGAUGUGGACCAGACGUACGCCCAACGCACGCAGCUUUUCGACACGCUCGUCAACUUUUUCCCCGACAGCAUGACGCCGCCCAAGGGCAACCUGGUGGACCUCAUCACCCUCUAG